UUCAUUCUUAGUUUGCAAGAAACUUAGAGGAAACAUACAAAAUGUCUUUCAAAGCUGUCAUCUUCUGUGCUGCAGCUUUCUUGGUUCAGAGCAUCGCCGCUCAAAGAAACUGCGGCUGCAGCUGCCAGUCCAUCGAAAUAUCCAACAAUGGCGGCGCCCUGUUAGUGACCAGCGCCGGGCCAAUCGCGCCGUCCGGCAUCGCCGUGGCCACGGAGCUCGGUCUGUCCGGCGAACUGGAUCUGUCCGGCGCGCUGCCGUACCUGAGCGCCGUGGCGUUCGAGGGCCAGUUCCCCACCAGCGGCUCCGCGCCGGUGUGCUACGGCUGUGGGGACAACGUUGCCAUCACGCAGGAGAUUGGCGGAUCCGGCGGUUGCGGAUGCGUCAGACGCUAAGGAUUUAUACUCGUGUUGACAUGUUUUAUAAUAAAACAGCAAAAUUUAA